GCCGGGCCGGGCUCUCACCGCCUACAAAUGCGGCUCCCCCGCAGCGGGGCCGCCGCUCCCGCCGCCCCCCAGCAUGGCCGCGCCGCGCUGGCUCCUGGCGCUGCUGCUGCUCUGGCUCGCCCUGGCCGCUGCGGGGCCACUGGGCCAGGUGCCGAAUGGGAAGGAUGCGGAGAAUGGCCUCAUCCAAACCCUGGUGCAGCCGCGGGGUGCGCGGCGUGGGGCUGGGCACCGGCCGGGCGGCUGGCGGAGGUACCGGCGGCCCCGGCCCCGGCUUUCCCACAAGGGCCCCAUGCCCUUCUGAGACAGGGUUGCCACCAGCCUUCCAGGGUCGAGGCUGCCAUCACCCACCCUGUGUCCUAGCCUGCUCCACUCGAAUCCUGACCCCGAGCAUGGGGUUCUAGCUGUGAGCCUUCAGCUGGCGUCGCCUCUUCCCUGCAGCCAUCCCUGGUGGUCCCGGCACCAUGUCUGGCACCGUGGGUGCCUCCUGCCUCCCCUCACCACCUCCUGGGGCUGGCUGGGAGUGGGUCACCUGUAUAGGUUGUGGUGAGGCUGAGUGCUGCUGCAAUGCCCCUGUCCCGGUGGGUGCGGGGCUUCCCUGGGCAUUGGCUUGCUGGGACCUGUGGGAUUUGUGCAAAGCACUUUGUAAGGCAGAGGAGCUUCUCUUCAGGGGUCUGUGAGCUCCCCUGGGGCUUCUGCCCCAUCCCUGCCAGUUGGCUGCAUGCUGGGGUGAGCACACAGCCUGUACGGAGGUGGGGGUGUUUAUUCCCAUGAUGCUAAUCCCACACCCUGCGUGAGCUGCCCUCCCUGACAAGUGUGGGGAGCCUUCCCACCGGCGGACCCACCUCCUGGGGACCCCUGAUAAUGUGGGGUGCCCACCCAGGACAUAGCAUUGGAGCUGUGGGUCCCUCUGCCUGCUCCACGCCACGCGACAGCAGGAGAAUGGGAGGGGGCACUGGGGUCUCUGUGUUAAACACUGAUGUAUGCCAAAGGGGGGGGGCUCUUGCUCUGAGUGCCGCUGGGUCCUGUUGACCAUGUCUCUCAUGUCUGUGAAGAUUUAUUCUGUGUAAAUACAUCUUUAUAAUAAAGAGUUAUGAUGCCAGUAAAC